GAGGUUCCAAGGUAGUAAAAAGAACCAAAAUAAAUGUGUAGAAAACGAUGCUUUCUAGAUUUCUUGUUACUCGUCACGCUGUAAGAUUAAGACCACUUUGCCUUUCAUCUGUGCAUCAAAUGGAUCUAAAGGAAGUUGUUUCCAAUCUUGAAUCCUGGGCGCCCACAUCAUUAGCGGAAAAAUGGGAUAAUGUUGGUUUGUUAGUCGAACCCUCCGGGCAACAUAAUGUAAGGUCGAUCCUCCUGACCAAUGACUUGACCGAAAAAGUGCUCCAAGAAGCCAUAGAGAAGCGCGCCAACAUGAUCAUUAGCUACCAUCCACCGAUAUUUGUACCACUAAAGCGACUUACUUCUAAGAGCUUCAAAGAGAGAAUCAUUGUUAAAGCUAUUGAGGAACGUAUAGCUAUUUAUUCCCCACACACAGCUUUCGAUGCAGUCUUUGGUGGCGUUAAUGAUUGGCUGGCUAAAGGUCUAGGACGUGGCUCUGUAGAUCCAAUAACAUAUUCAAUGGAAGCAUGUGUCAAGGGGUGUGAUUAUAAUGUCACGGCAAUUGCCCCGUCUACCGAGGCAGCUGAAAAGAUAAAUAGUCAAAUCAACUCCCUUGGUGGUAUUGGGUCUAAUAGUAUUGGAAAGACUGAGAGGUUUGGAGACCCGGCAUUACCUAAGAUUGUGACACUUUGUUCAGGCGACACUCUAAGUGCUGUGAUGCAGAUACUGCAGAGUUACACUAUCUACUACUUGGAAAUCUACCCACUAGCAAAGAAACCCAUACCUGGUACUGGUAGUGGUAGAUUAUGUACUCUGGACACACCAGUAACACUACCUGACAUCAUCCACCGCAUCAAGAAACACCUGCAGCUGUCCCAUCUACGUGUGGCUUAUGCCCCCUCUAAGGCUAAGGACACCUUGCUGUCAACUGUUGCCCUCUGUGCGGGGUCCGGGGCCAGUGUCCUGCAGGGUGUGGCUGCUGAUGUGUACCUGACUGGGGAGAUGUCCCACCAUGAGGUUCUAGAAGCUGUGUCACGUGGUGUUCAUGUGAUUCUUUGCGAGCACAGUAAUACUGAGCGUGGUUUUCUUGUGCCGUUCAGGCAGCAGCUAUAUAACAUGUUGAGUGGACAAGUUCAGGUGAUGGUUUCUGAAACAGACGCUGAUCCUCUCCUUGUUGUUUGAUCUAGUUUGUGACAAUACAGAUAUAAAGUAACAGUAACACUAGGACUCUCUGAUGACCAGGUAGAGACUGCAUGAAUAAAUAAAAAAAACAUAAGGAACCCAA